AUGAGAGGUGUUGAUACAGCACAAUUUGCUCUUCUCGGUUGGGAGCUAAUCCAAGAAAACAAUGCAGGAAUUAGCCAGCAACUUGUUACCAAGCUAGCGACAGAUGAGGGGUUAGCAAUGGUUAGAGCAAUCACAAACAUGACAAGCGAUAUCAAAGAACUAGAGGUGGUUGACGUCUUCCAUUCAACAUUGUCUCCUUUUUUUAAGAUGAUUUCUCACCCUUAUGUGCUGUCAUCUGCCAUUCUAGAGGCCCCGUUGGAUAUUGUCUACACAUUUUUGUUUGGGGCCAGCGGCCAUCGGGCCAUUGACCUGUUCAACGCAACCCAGAAUGCUCUCAAAAUGUUGUUUGAGGAUGGAGCCACUAGCAAUGAAAACAUAGAAAGUGCAUUAACUGCAAGUCUGCGGGUGUUACAGAAAAUUGUUGACCUGAACCAAAGAGCUCAGGUGAUUGAAAAAUUCAGAAACAUUGCGAUGGAUAUUGCAAGCAUUAUCCCAACAAAAUGGCCUCUUCACGAUGCAAGAAGAGCCUUGUCUCGUAUUCAGCAGCGUCUCAAUAUCGAUAUCCCAGCAAUGUCCUUGGAAGUCCAAGAUGAUUUGCAACAUGGAGUAUUCAAUAUGAAUCUUGACCUACCAGGGAAAAUGUCUAGAGACGGCCAACGUCAUGAUAAUGAUCACGACAACAUAGCAAAGAUCAAGGUACUCCCAACAACCGGGGAAAUAAACUCCCAAAGACCGGAGUAUCUGCCACCCAGUUACCUCCAAGGCGGCCAUCUUCAAGGAAUGGCAGGAUUGAUCGACAGGCAAUUUAGACUGUUUCGAGAAGAUGCAAUUGCACCUAUUCGGGAUAUUGUCCGAAUAGAGCAAGAUAAAUUGGGAAACCCCUGCGGCACGGAGCAUUUGGGCCGGCGGGCGAGACACAGUAUUCGAUAUGUGACUUACGAAAAUGCUCGAGUACUUGGGGUAAAAUCUGAUUUGAAAAAGGGACUGUUGGUAAUAAUUGAGAUGGACCAGCCACGAGCCGUUGCUAAUCUACUUGAAAAACAGCGAAGGAUGUGGUGGGAAAACUCAAAAUUGCUCUGCUCAGACGCUUUAGUUUGUCUUGUCUCGUCAGAGAAGCGGGCGAUUUUCUUUCAAGUGUUUACGCCCUUUGUCAGGAUACUUGACGCAGACAAGGAGGAAACGGCACACGACACGAGAGAUGGACGAGAUGGAGAAUUCAAGUAUCAUCGAGCAGCAGGCCUGUUCAAAGAUAAGAAUAGAGCUACGGUGACGCUUGCGUUGGUAGAACCAGCUGAAGAGGACGAUGUACUGUGGAUCAUAGCGCAUCUGGGGAUGCAUAACGCGAACUUCUCGCUUAUCGAAUUUCCAAGCCUUGUAUUACCUGCAUUCGAACCGACAUUGAAGGCAUUGCAAGUUAUGAGUCGAUCGCCAGAAUCAAUUCCAUUUGCAGACCUUUUGACAUGGAAACCAAAUGAUGGGCCGAUACUGCUUUCUCCACCACAAUAUGCACGGGGAAAGGACUUUGUGUUUAAUCUGGAAGCUGUAGCAGGAGGGAAGCAGCUGGUUUAUAAGCCAGGAAAAGGGUUCGACCACAAAGAAAUGCAAAAGACAACAACCCUGGACGAAGCACAACAGAUUUCGUUAAUUGCCGCGCUGAGUCGGAGCUUCGUCUUGAUACAGGGGCCACCUGGGACAGGGAAAAGCUACACAGGUGUGUCGAUAAUUAAGACCCUGUUGACGAAUAGGGAGAAGGCGAAUCUUGGACCAAUCAUUUGCGUUUGUUAUACAAACCAUGCUCUCGACCAAUUAUUGGAACAUCUAGUCAAAGGUGAUGUGGAGCAGGUGGUACGCAUUGGCACGAGGUCAAAAUCGAGGAUCGUUCAAAAUCUGACGCUGCAAAAUUUGGCAAGAAGAAUGCCACAGACAAGAACGGAGAAAUUCACGAAGGGAAAAUAUUAUGGUUACCUAGAGUCGGAACAGCAACGGAUUGUGAAGUUUUUGAAGCGUUUGGAAUAUCCACGGAGUUGGCAAAACAUCCAGGAAUACCUGAGAACAUACUCGUGCCGCUAUGCAGAACUGUUUGAGUCUGUGAUAGAUGAAGAUGGCUUCGAAAAAGAGAAAAUGAGACCCAAUAAGGCGGUCAAACGCUGGAUCAAGGGAAAAGGACCGGAUCAGUUGAUGAACCGCCCGUUAAAUGAAUUGACCGACAUUCCUUUACAUGAAAUGUCAAGACGGGAGAGAAAGCGGUUGCACGAAUUCUGGGUUGAAGAGAAUUCGAAGAUUCUUUCGAAUAGCUUGCUACAUUCUCUCGACGAGAGACGCAAAAUCAAGGAGAAAAUCGACAAAUGUCACCAAGAAGUGAACAUUAGGUGUUUAGAGGAAUCACACGUAAUCGGAGUGACGACGACGGGGCUAGCAAAAAAUUUCGACCUGCUUCGUCGAGUGACAGCAAAGGUGUUGGUAUGUGAAGAGGCUGGCGAAGUACUCGAGGCACAGACCAUCACGUCUCUCCUUCCGUCAAUCGAACAUGUGAUUUUGAUAGGAGACCACGAGCAGCUUCGGCCCCAGAUAAACACCUACGAAUUACAGCAUAACAGCCCGACAGGAAGGCAGUUUUCUUUCGAUGUGUCGUUAUUCGAAAGAUUGGUUAGCCCGAAGAUUGGGAAUGCGACACUUCCGUUUAGCACAUUGAGGAUGCAGAGACGUAUGCACCCGUUAAUUUCAGAACUCAUCAGGAGUACCCUUUAUCCUCAACUAGAGGAUUCCCCAUCCGUACACCAGUAUCCAGAAGUAUGUGGGAUGCGGGAUCGAUUGUUUUGGCUGCACCAUAUGCAGAAAGAAAGUGGCACCGAUCCGACACAAGAAAGUUCAUUUUCAAAAACGAACUUGUUCGAAGUUGCGAUGGUCAAUGGGCUUGUCUCUCAUCUAGUGAAGCAAGGAGUAUAUGCCCGUGAAGACAUCGCCGUGAUUACUCCAUACUUGGGACAGCUGCAGAAACUAAAGGAAAGAUUAGCAAAAUCAUUCGAAAUCAUUAUGGCAGAACAAGAUCUCAACGAUCUUGAGGCAGAGGGGAUAUCAUUAGAUAUGGCUCCAGAUGAAAAAGUUAUGCGAAAAGCGGCACUUGUCAAUGCGGUAAGACUAGCAACUGUCGACAACUUCCAGGGUGAGGAAGCCAAGAUCAUAGUGAUCUCACUGGUGCGAAGCAAUGCUGAGAGGCAAUGCGGCUUCCUUCGGACGUCGAAUAGAAUAAACGUCCUGCUAAGCCGGGCGCAGCAUGGCAUGUAUAUUAUUGGCAAUGCUGAUACAGCAAGUUCAGUUCCAAUGUGGGCACAUGUCCUCUCAAUUCUAGGCAUGGAAAAUAGAAUUGACAGCAAGCUAUCACUUUGCUGUCCCCGCCAUCCAGACACCCCUAUUCAGGUAUCAACACCAGAUGAUUUUGUGACACUGUCGCCAGAAGGAGGAUGCAACAUAAAUCAUUGCAUGACGCAGUUCGAUGCCUGGAGCGUUGCGUUCGACAAAAAGCUGGUUGUGAUCAUCCAUGUCUGCGCGCAUGUGGCGAUCCAUGCGAAAAAGAAUGCCAAGUUAGAGUUUCUGGAAUCACACUGCAAUGCGGACAUAAACCCAAUAGUAUGGCAUGUUUCCAGGUCCAGGACCCAAAAAGAUUUUGCUGUAUGUUGA